UACAUAUACAUGUAUGUAUACAUAUUGCGCGCAUUAGUGCAAAAUCAGAAGCUAAAAUAAAGUUAUUACGCGCUUUGAUUAAUCUCCAGUAUACAACGUAGUAGUCCAGAGCAAAAUUCCACAAGAACGGUAAAAAUAAAUAGCAAGAAAAACAGCAUUAAAUACUGAAAUGAUGAUUUGAUGCCAGGCUAUCAAUGGGUCAAGUACAAUACUAAAUACGGAAUCAAAGAGUAAAAGAGUAACUCAACUGGAGUAUGAUCACUUGUCUACGAAGAUCAUUCGAAGAUUUGAGAUUAAUUAUUAAUGUAAAAUGCCACCGAAGCAGAGGAAAAUAGCUAUUAUGGGAUAUAGAUCUGUAGGAAAAUCUUCAUUAAGUAUUCAAUUUGUUGAAGGACAAUUUGUAGAUUCUUAUGAUCCAACUAUUGAAAAUACUUUUACAAAGAGUACACGUGUACAUAGCCAAGAUUAUGAACUUAAAUUAGUUGAUACAGCUGGUCAAGAUGAAUAUAGUAUAUUUCCUACACAGUAUUCUAUGGAUAUUCAUGGCUACGUAUUAGUAUAUAGCAUAACAAGUGCUAAAAGCUUUGAAGUUGUACAGAUUAUUUAUGACAAAUUACUUGAUAUGACUGGAAAAGUUCAUGUCCCUAUUGUGUUGGUGGGAAACAAAACAGAUUUAUAUGUAGAUCGAAUGGUGACUACUGAACAAGGAAAAAAGUUAGCUGAAAAAUGGCAAGCUGCGUUUCUGGAAACCAGUGCAAAACAAAAUGAAUCAGUUGCAGAUAUAUUUCACACGUUGCUGAUAGCAAUUGAAAAAGCUGAUGGAAAUGUUCAAGAAAAAUCAAAUUGUUUAAUAUCCUAAAUGAAUUAUUUAAUUAAAUAAUUAAUUAAUUAAUAGAAGAAAAUAUAAACUUAAAAAAUUUAAAAAAUAGACCGAGAUACCAUUCUGUAGAUUCAAUGUGUUUGUUCAUCACCAGAAAGGUCACGAUAAAAUAUUUGCAUUUAAUUAUCAAUUAUUAUUAAUAUUAAGUAUUUCCCCUCAUUUUUCUUCUUCACUUCUUCUGACUCUUCUGAACAUUACUUGUAAAUAUAUAUUAUUAUAGUUUUGUCAUGAAAUAAAAAAAAGAUAGUAGAUAUGAUUAUUUUUUGUAAAGAAAAAUAUUUUUUCUAUGUCAACGAUUUUGAAGAUUCAUGAGGUAAUUUAUGAUAUCGUUGAAAUUUAUUUUCUCUGAGCUUCAUAGCAUUAUUAGAAUUUGAAACUUUUGUUUUUGUAUUACAGAAACAAAUCGAGUAUUUUGUUAAUUUACUCGUAAAAAUAUAAUGUUUAUUUACUUACAA